ACACGACAUCGGAAGUAGGGUUUCCGCAUUGUCUCCUAGCAACGUGACAGCCCUUCCUGCCUGCUGUUGCUUCGCAGACAUGGUCCUCCUGCUGCAGCUGCUGGUCCCUUGCUUCGUCCUGGUCGGAGCCGGAGCCAUUUCCUUCUAUCUGCCCGCUGAUAAGAAAAAGUGCUUGAAGGAGGAGAUUCACAAAGAUGUGCUGGUGACCGGGGAGUAUGAUGUGGCCGAGCAGCCUGGGAUCGUCACACACCUCAAGGUUAUAGAUUCCAUAGGUCAUAUUCUGUAUUCUAGAGAAGAUGCCAAGAAGGGAAAGUUUGCCUUUACCACAGAAGAUUAUGAAGUAUAUGAAGUUUGCUUUGAGAGCGUUAGUUCUUCUGGUUCUGUGAGGUCUCCAGAACAGCUAAUCGUGCUUGAUAUCAAACAUGGUGUGGAAGCUAAGAAUUAUGAGAAUUUGGCUAAGGCAGAGAAACUAAAGCCCCUGGAGGUAUCCUUAAGACGUUUGGAGGACCUAUCACAGUCUAUCAUUAAAGAUUUCUCAUACAUGAAAAAACGGGAAGAAGAAAUGAGUGACACGAAUGAAUCAACGAGCCAGCGUGUCCUCUACUUCAGUAUGUUUUCAAUGUUUUGCCUUGUCGCUCUUGCCACCUGGCAAGUCUUCUACCUCAGGAAGUUCUUCAAAUCUAAGAAGCUCAUAGAGUAAUGUGUGGUGUUGGAUGGAAAACUAAAGAUGUGUCCAGUAACUAAGUAAUCCAAGUGAAUGUGCAGUUUACAAUUUAAUUUGUGCAUUGUGGCACAUAUUUGACACUGUGUAAGGUCAUAAUCAUGAGGGAAAAAUGAUGGGUGUAGGUACAUAACUAGCUAUGAAAU